AUGUCUACAUUAGAAAACGUUAAGAAUAUUGUUAGUAGCGUUAAUGUAGUUUGUGAUAUUUCUAGUAUAAGCCCUAAUGACAUAGUGAAGAAAGAAGAAAAGGAUGGAAAUAAAAAUAAAGAGAAUUACAUGCUUACAACGGAUACUAUAGAUAGUACUCUUGAAAAUAUUUAUAAUAAUGAAUGUGGUGAUACAACAAAUGUGGAAAGCACAAAUGAACAAAAAAAUGGUUCCUAUAAUAUAAUAGAUGAUCAAAAAAAAACGGAAGAAAGGAAUAUAUUAGAAUAUGAUGAUAAAAUGAAAACAGAAUAUUAUAAUAGUUUAUGUAAUUAUUUUGAUAAUAAAAAAUAUAUACUUAUAAACGAUAAGGAAAAUAAAAGGUCAAAAAUAUCGGAUAAUGAUAAUAUCAUGUAUCAGAAUAAUAUGAAUAAGAAUAUAACUAAUGAUAGAAAUAUAUUAAAAGGUGAAUAUAAAAAUAUUGAUGAUAUAAGAGCAGAACAUAAACAGAAAAUGUUAUUAUGUAAUAAUGAAUUUUUAUAUAAAUAUAAAAUAUAUGGAAAAUAUGGAAAGGUGUCAAAAAGAUAUAUAGAAGAAUCUUCUUUUAAUGACUUGUCCAAAUAUGAUUUAAUUUGUGAUAUAUAUAAUAAAAAGUAUAGUUAUUAUAAAGAAAAAAAGAUAAAGAAUAAAUUAAAUUUAUCAAAAAAAAAUUUAACAGAUAGUGAAGUAGAAAAUUAUGACAUUGGAUAUAAUAUAAAAAAGAAUAAUGGAAAAAGAUAUUUAUUAUCAAAUGAUUUUGUAAGUAAUGAAAAUAUAGAAGAAAAAAAAAAAAAAAAAAAUAUGAAUAUAUAUCAGUAUAGAAAUGUGAAAGAAGAUAAUAUAAUAAGAAAUAUAUAUAAUAAUAAUAUGUUAAAUAAAAAACGAAUGUGUUAUAAAAACAUUCCCUCUUUUAAUUAUAUAAAUACUUUUAAUUUAUUAGAUGAUUCUUCAUUUAGAAUUUCAGAAAAUAAUUUUUAUAAGAAGAUAAAAAAAAAAAAAAAAAAAUUGGAAAAUAUACAAAGUAUAGAUAUAUAUGAUAAUAACAUGGAUUUAAAAAUUGAUAAUGAAGACAAAUUAAAUAAUAAUAAUAAUAAUGAUAAUAUUUUAAAAAAUGAAGCAUAUAUAGAAAAUAAAAAAGAUUUAGGGGAAAUAAAAAAAAAAAGUACGAAUUUAAAAAGGAACUUGAAUACAGAUUUAAUCAGUAAUAGUAAUUUAAAAAAAAAAAUGAAAAAGGAUAAUGGUUAUUCAUUUUUACAUUUAAAUAUAUAUAAAAAUAAUAAUACUCAUGAUUUCUAUAGAAAUAAUAGUUACAAUACAUAUAUAUUAAAAACUGUAGGGAAUUCAUAUUUAAAACAUAAAAUAAAUGAAAAAAAAAAAAAAAUGAAAAGUACCAUAAUUAAUACAAUCAACUCAAAUAAUACAAAUAAUAUAAACAAUAUGAACAAUAUAAACAAUAUGAACAAUAUAAACAAUAUGAACAAUAUAAACAAUAUAAACAAUAUAAACAAUAUGAACAAUAUAAACAAUAUGAACAAUAUAAACAAUAUGAACAAUAUAAACAAUAUUUCAAAUAAGCAACCAUGUGAUAAUAUGGACAUACAUAUGUAUGGAUCAAAAGAUAAUACGUCUUAUCAUGAUAAUGAGGAGAAGGUUAAUGAUAAUAUAGAAGAAAAUGAUAUUAAACAGAAAAAAAAUGAAUCUAUUGAAACGAAAAAUUAUAUAAAUGAUAAAAAAUUAUCAAAAGGUACAAAAUAUGUAAUACAUAAAGAAAAUGUAUGCACAGAUAUAAAUAAUAAUAUUGCACAUGAUUAUAUAUCGCAUGAUAAUAUAUCAAAUGAUAAUAUUUCAAAUGAUAAUAUUUCAAAUGAUAAUAUAUCAAAUGAUAAUAUAUCAAAUGAAUAUAUUCCAUAUGAAUAUUUUACAAAUAAUGAAGAUGUAAACUCAUCGAACUGUUUAAAUAAAUCUGAUAGUUUGAAUAGUCUGUCUUCCACCAAUAGUGCUCAUAUAAAUAAUAUUAUGAACACUUCAGGUGAAAAUGAUACAAAUUGCAUUCCCUCUUUUAACGAUAAGACUUUCGAUUUAUUGCAUUUGAAUUUGCAUGAUGUAGUAAGGAUGUUAGAAAAUGAAAAUAUUGAAAAUCUCUAUACACCUGAGGAGUUAAAGGAGAUAUUAAUACCCAUUAGUGGGGUAUAUUAUUCUGUUUCAGAUGGGAGGUGGAUAUAUCAACAUAAUAAUAUUGAUGGUCAUGAUAAUAACAUUGAUGAUUCCAAUAAUAUUGAUGAUUCCAAUAAUAUUGAUGAUUCCAAUAAUAUUGACGAUUCCAAUAAUAUUGACGAUUCCAAUAAUAUGGAUGACGGUGAUGAUAAAGAAUUAAAUAAAAUGACUUCCUCUGAACAGACAAAAAACAAAUCAGAGAACGAAAAGAAUAUAUUUGAUAAUAAGAAUUAUUCUUUUCAUGAAGGAAGACAAUUAGCAUUAAUGUUGAAAUAUAAAAAUAUAAAAAAGAAGCAUAAUAUUUUUAAAAAUAUAUAUGAUGAAGAAAUAUUCUUCUCGGAUAUCAAUGAUUAUGGGAAUAAAGAAAUAUAUAAUGAUGUAGAUGAUUUAAAUGAUAAUAAAUAUAAUAAAUAUAAUAAUGAAGAACAUAAAGUGGAAAUCCAAUCGAACAAAUAUGAAUUACAAUAUGAUGAGAUACAUAAUGCAUCAUAUGAGCAAAUAAAUAAUAUGAAUGAAGAACAAAAAUGUAAUAUUAUGGAGAAAAUAAACGUUUCUAAGAAUGAUGAAAAUAUAAAAGGAAAUGAACAAAAAGAAAUAUUAAAAGAUGAAAAUGAUAAGGAAAAUGAUAAGGACAAUGGAAUGAAAAAAAAAAAUGACAAAGAAGAAACGAAGAUAAUAAAAAAGAUUCAAAAUAAUGAUAUAAGCCUUCUACAAAAUAUUGAGUGUAAUGAAAAAAUACAUUUUUGUGAUACCAAAAUAGAGGAGCAUAAUAACUUAUCGAAUAAUAAAUUAAAGGAGUUCCAUUUAAAUGCAACAGGAAAUAUUUUAAAAAAUGAAAUAAUAUCAUAUAAUACUCAUAUAAAUACUUCAAAGAAUAAUGAUGACAUAAAUGAUUGUAUGAAAAAAACUAUAUAUAUAACAAAGGAUACAUGUAAAUAUGAUGCUCUCAAUAACACAAUAAAUAAUAUUAACAAUAAUAAUAAUAAAAAAAAAAACGAAUAUGUACACAAUGAUAAAGAUAUAAAUAAUUUUAAUUCUAGUGAUAAUAUAUGUAGUGAAGAAAAAAAGGAAAAUAUGGAUAAUUAUAAACUUCUUAAAUGUCAUAACUAUGACAAGAAGUAUAGACAUAUUCAUUUUAAAAAUAAAAAAGAUUUAUAUAAAAUGUUAGGUAUAAAUUAUACAAAAGAUAUAAAAAAUAGAAUAAAAUGUUUAGAAGAAGAACAUAUAUUUUAUGAGAAGGAAAAAAAAAAAUGGAUUAUACAAAUUUUAGAACAAAAAAAUAAUACCAUAUUAUAUUUGAAAGAAUUUGACUGUAAGAUAUUUGGAUUUUUAUAUGCAUGUUUUCUAAGUUUAGAAUAUAAACAAUUAUAUCUAGAUUAUUUUCUUAAUGAAAAAAAACAAGAUUAUCUUUUAAAUUUAAUUCAAACACAUUUUAUCAAAAAGAGAAAAACUAAUCAUAUGAUACAUCAACUUAAUAUACACACACAAAAAAAAAAAAAAAAUGAAGAAGAAGAAAAAAAUAAAAUAGUAGUUAAUACAAAUAAGUUAUCCUUAAAUGUAGGCAGAUAUCUAUAUGAAAAUGAUAAAAUUAUAAAUUAUCAAAAAAAAAAAAUGGACAAUAUAAAAAAAAAUCAGUAUAUAGAUGAUAAGAUGGAAGGGGUUGAAAAGGUUGAAAAGGUUGAAAAGGUUGAAAAGGUUGAAAUGGUUGAAAAGGUUGAAAAGGUUGAAAAAGUUGAAAAUUUUGAAAAUGUUGAAAAAGUUGAAGAAAAUAUUCAAAAUGUUGAAAAUUCUCAAAAUUAUUAUGUAAAUACAAAAGAUGGAAAAGAUAAUAUAAAUAUAUAUAAAACAAUAAAUCAAAGUUUUAUACAAAAUUUGAAUGAAGGUAAAACAAAUAAUGAGAAAAUUAUUUCCAUAUAUGAACAAAAUAAAUCACACGAUUAUAAUAUGCAUAUAUUAAAGAAUCGAAAAUCUAAACAAUCCAAAGACAUCUUUGAUAAAAGCAAAUAUGGAUCAUAUAAAAAGAAUGAUAAAACGAUGCUUGCAAAUAUAUGUGGGUAUAAUAAUAUUAUUUCUAUUUGUGAUAAGGAAAAGGAUAUAAUAAAUAAAAAAUAUGAACAAAACAACCUGCAGGAGGAGAGGCCCGAAAAAAAUAUACUAAACUAUAAUAUAAUAAGAGAUGAUAAAAAUGAAAAGUUUGAUCAUAAAAUUGAUACAUUAUUAGAUUAUAAAUUUCAUGAUAAAAAUCAAAUAAAUAAUUAUGAACCAGUUGACAAAGAUAUAAAUAAUUUUUAUAUAGAUAAAAAUAUAUGCGUAGAUAUAAAUUCUAGUGACACUCCUAUAUUACAUGAUACAAACAUAUACAACAUGAAAAAUGAAAAAGAUAAUAAUAUAAUUGAUAUAAAAGAAAGUGAUGAUAAUUUUAUGAAUUUAUCAAAUUUUCUUCAGAAUGAAAAGGAAAUAACAGAUAAAACAUUAAAAAAAAAAAGAAAUAACUGUUCAUAUAAGAAACAAAAAAAUGUAAAAGAUUCUUUAGCGCAUUAUAAAAAUUCUAACCUAAGUAUAGAAUUAGAAGAAGAGGAACGAAAUAAUUUAAUAAAAUUAAAUAAUUAUGUAAAAAUAUUAAAUGAAAAAAAAGAUAUAACAUCAAUAGCUAAACAAACAAUAUUAUUACUUUUAAAAGAUAUUUUAAAUUCUAUUCCUUAUCAAAUGGCACCUUCUAUAACAUCUAGAAAAAUAUAUGAUCGAAAAAUACAUGCACAUGUACAUUUUGUUUAUCAGUCUAAAAAUAUCAUAGAUUUAGUUCCUUAUUUCUUUAUAUUUAAAAAUAUUAUUAAACAAAAAACACUUCCUAGCAACCAAUCUCUAUACAUUUGUAAUGUAUUAUUGUAUGCAUUGUUUGAAGCAUAA